CAACAGCAUCUUCACGGACCAAGAACAGCGGUCUACGUACUGUCGCCAUAAAUUAAAGGCAUCUUCAAUUAGAGGCACCUUGGUCUUAACGUGAUCCUUAAUGCUUUUAAAACCGAGCUGGAGCGAGCAACUGGAGGUUGAGGAGGAGGAGGAGGAGGGCGGCAUGGAGGCUGAGCUCAAGCUUUCCCUUGGCGGCGCCGGCGAGCAGCAAAAGCAGAUGACCAUCUUCUACAAGGACAGGGUUUACGUGUGCUACGCCACUGAGAACCAGGCCAAGGCUAUCAUAUCGAUGGCGAAAAGCGAGACGGCGGAGGAAGAACUGAAGAGCGCAAUAAUGAGGCAACAAGUGCUUCCCCAAGCGAUGGUCAACGCAAGGCAGUCCAUGAAGAGAUCUCUGCAGAGGUUUCUGCAGAAGAGGAGGGCCAGACUCCGUGAUGCCGCAGCGUGUCCGUACGCCGCCGCCGCUGCCAACCUCGAGCAGAAAUAGGUAGCAUAUAUAAUAUUUUGAAUUAAUAACGUUCUUCUCAUCGCUCAGAACUAAAAACUUUUAAAAAGAUGAGAUUUUUGUGUGUGAGUGUAUGUUAUUCCUUUUUUUCCUAAUAUAUUUUGGUAUGGAGUUGGGAUUGUUUGUGCUUUGAUGGAG